UUGUUUUAAUCACUUUCCCCCAAAAUCACACACACAUACAAAAUUACAAAUUUACAAACCCUAACCCUAAAAUAGCAGCCGCCGCAGCAGCAGGAGGAGGAGGAGAGAGAUGGCGGAGCAUCUGGCAUCAAUAUUUGGGACGGAAAAAGACAGAGUAAACUGUCCGUUUUAUUUCAAGAUCGGAGCUUGCAGACAUGGCGAUCGCUGUUCACGCCUUCACACCAAACCUUCCAUUUCCCCAACUCUUUUAUUAUCCAACAUGUAUCAACGCCCUGAUUCCAUCACUCCAGGCGUUGACCCUCAAGGUCAACCCCUUGAUCCCACCAAAAUCCAAAAUCACUUUGAGGACUUUUAUGAAGAUCUGUUUGAAGAGCUUGGAAAAUAUGGAGAGAUCGAAAGUCUCAACAUUUGUGAUAAUUUGGCUGACCAUAUGGUGGGAAAUGUGUACGCACAGUUUAGGGAAGAAGAGCAUGCUGCAGCUGCUCUCCAGAAUCUGAGCGGAAGGUUCUAUGCAGGUCGUCCUAUUAUUGUGGACUUCUCUCCAGUGACAGAUUUUCGUGAGGCUACAUGUAGGCAGUAUGAAGAAAACGUUUGUAAUCGAGGUGGUUACUGCAACUUCAUGCAUCUAAAGAAGAUCAACAAAGAUCUGAGGAGGCAGCUGUUCGGGAGACGUAGGAGAAGCAGGAGCAGAAGCCGUAGUCCUCCAAGGCACCGGAAUCAUGAUGAUCGUCCAUAUCCUGGUGGGCGUGGUGGUUCAGGGAGAAGAGGAGGCAGUGGUUACCCUGAUCACCGUCAGAGCGACAGAAGCAGGCGGCCCAGAAGUAGGAGUCCUCCACGGAGAUCAGGACGUAGUAGAAGCCCAGGAGGAAAGCGAAACCGUAGUCCAGUCAGAGAAGGAAGUGCUGAGAGAAGGGCAAAGAUUGAACAGUGGAAUAGAGAAAAAGAACAAGCAAAAUCAGCUCCUGAAACCGCCACUGGUAAUGACUAUAAUGGUAAUGAUAACAAUAAUGAUGUCACUGCUUUGCAUGAUGGAGACCGAGCCCAUCACCAUGAUCAGCAGAAGCCACAACAAGAUGAAGCGGGAUACGAUUACUGAACAAAAUAGAUUCAUUGGAGUACAGGGUACAGGUUGACUGGUCAAAUCUGUUUUCUACUUUUCUUCUCGUUACCUUUUUAAGGAAAUUGAGUAAAGAUUACAGGGACGACUGAGAAAGGAUCACUAGCUGCCUAAUUGACUGAAUGCAUAGCACCUCAUCUUUCCAUCUUUCUAGCUAUUCAUUCCUGUGUAUAUCUUGUUGGCAUAUAUACAUAUAUUUUAGGAUUUCCCUUCCACAACCAUUAAUCUCAGAUUUUUCUCCAGCAACCUUUUUUUAUCUUAUGGAAAAAUGAAGAUGAUUUUUCACGUGCUAAGGCACCAGCAGUUGCAACAAAUAAAUUUUAGGGGUUCCAGGAAAAUUUUCAAUUUUGUCUUUCAAAAUUAGAUAGCUAGAUUUUUUACUUUUGCAGGCCUGUUCAGCUUCUAUUCUUUUUAUUUUAGGAGACAACCGGAGGAUUUACUUGUAAUUGCCUAAUUGGCUUUCAAGUUUGGUAAACCAUUCUAGUAGUAUAGAGCUGGCAGAAAGGGUGGGUGGGUUGUGGGCAGGUUUUGUAAUGGGUCUAAGUGGUUUCCCUUUCAUAAUGGGCGACCUAAAACAUUUGCUGUUUAAGAACUUUACAUCUUUCGAUGAAGGUUGAGUUAAUCAGAAACUCAUUUUUGGUGGAAAAUUUUUACUUUUUAAGUAGUUCGUGUUAAAUAUGGCGAUACGAAAUUAUGCGUUGGGUCAACUUGGGUGACCAUACCAUUCAUAAGUAAGUUGGUCAAAAUUGCCACCUCAAACCUCUAAGGAGUAGGUUAUGAUUCUUGAAGUCAUACAUGCUAGGCCUCGAUUUACUUAGAAUGUGAUCUUACGUAAUUUUCUAGUUUUGCAGGUUCAGGUAUCCUGGAUGGUCCUUUUUAUUGUCGUUUACCAUUAUACUUGUGUAUACAGGUUGUCUUCUUCAUGCUCAUCGAAGUAAAGAAAUCCCGAGGGACCAGAAGUUCAUUUUAGUUUGCUUUCUAAAGAAUUGCUGUUGAAGCAAGAAGUGUGAUCAUAGGAUCAUUUAAAAAUCUAAUCAUUGUAUUGGGAAGAUUUUGUUUUGUUGGUUUUAGAUUAUCUAUGUACUUCUCUUGUAUGUUCACUUCAUUUAGUUUGCCUUCUAAAGAAUUGCUGUUGAAUCAAGAAGUGUGAUCAUAGGAUUAUGUAAAAUCUAAUCAUUGUAUUGGGAAUAUUUUGUUUUGCUGGUUUCAGAUCAUCUAUGUACUGCUCUUAUAUGCUCACUAUUUAAAUGGAUGAUUACAUGUUUUUUUUUGCA